AUGGACCUGUACAAACUAGCUUUCCUCCUGGGAACCCUGAUCUGCUCUGUUAGUUGUACUGAGGUGGACAGCUACACCAAAACUGAAGGAGCGUGGAUCCUCUCGCUGCAGAAACGACAGCACUCAGCCAACACUGUGGCUGAAUGUGCCGCCAAAUGUGACGCCGAGUCAAUCUUCACAUGCAGGUCUUUCCUCUACGUUGAGAAGGACCAAGAUUGUUGGACAGCAGCAGCAAACUCUAAAUCAGAGAUAGUCGUGCGCAGAAGCAGCGCAGCGUUAUAUGAAAAGAAAUUAUACCUCCUGGAGUGUGUUAAUGGAGUAGGAACAGAUUACAGAGGAACAAAGAGCAAAUCAAAAACAGGGAAGACGUGCCAGAGAUGGGAAGCUAAAUACCCACACAGGCCCAACUUCACGCCCAGUGAACAUCCCAGAGCGGACCUGGAGUCCAACUUCUGCAGGAACCCUGAUGGAGACAGCGGGGGACCCUGGUGCUACACCACCGACCCCGACACCCGCUGGGAGAACUGCAAUGUACCCAGCUGCACCGAGGAGUGUAUACACUGCAGUGGUGAGAACUACAGAGGGAAGAUCUCCACUACAGAAAACGACUUCACCUGCCAACGCUGGGACUCGCAGAAGCCUCACAACCAUGGCUACAACCCCAGCGCUCUUCCAGAGAAGUAUCUGGAGGAGAACUACUGCAGAAACCCCGAUGGAGACCCCAAACCCUGGUGCUUCACCACCAGCCCGUCCAAACGAUGGGACUUCUGCUCCAUACCCCGCUGCACGUCCGAGCCGCCCACCAUCGUCCCCGAGCUGACCUGUGCCACCGGGGAAGGUGGAGCCUACCGAGGCACCGUCGCCGUGACCGAGUCCGGCAAACGUUGCCAGAGCUGGUCGACUCAGACGCCACACAAACACAACCGCUCGCCAGACAACUACCCCUGCAAAGGCCUUGAUAACAACUACUGUCGUAACCCUGACAACGAGAGGAUGCCCUGGUGUUACACCACCGAGUCUGAAACCCGCUGGGAGUACUGCAAAGUGCCGACCUGCGGGGAUGAAGCGGGACGAGAUGAGGCAGUGAUCCCCCCCGAGGAGGAGGACUGUUAUAUAGCGGACGGGACGAGUUACCGCGGCAUAACAUCCGAGACCAUCAGUGGAAAAAGAUGUCAAAGCUGGAGCGCCAUGACGCCUCACAACCACCAGAAAACUCCACGGAACUUCCCCACAGCGGACCUCAGGAGGAAUCUGUGCAGGAACCCUGACGGAGACCGAGCUCCCUGGUGUUACACUACAGACCCCAGUGUCCGCUGGGAGUACUGCAACCUGGAGAAAUGCCCCACCAGUCCUGCGGGAGGAACUCCUCCAACCACACCUUCUAAUCCCCAGGCCCCCACCCAGACUCCACCUCAGAAAGACUGUAAGACUGGAAAUGGGGCUACAUACCGGGGUUCAACCUCCAUCACCAUCCUGGGCGUCAGCUGCCAGGCCUGGAGUGCUCAGAGUCCUCAUCAACACAACAGCUUCACCCCACAAACUCACCCCGAAAAGGGUCUUGAGGGCAAUAGCUGCAGAAACCCGGACGGCGAUGUGAACGGGCCGUGGUGCUACACUACGGACAGGAACAAGAAAUGGAACUACUGUCAGAUCCCCGACUGUGCUGGAUUGAAUUGUGGGACGCCAGUCACCAAACCAAAGCGUUGCUUUGGUCGGAUCGUAGGCGGCUGCGUGUCCAAAGCUCACUCGUGGCCGUGGCAGAUCAGCCUCCGGACCAACACGGGAACUCAUUUCUGUGGAGGAACUCUGAUCCACCCUCAGUGGGUUCUCACAGCUGCACACUGUCUGGAGAGGUCCAAACGACCUUCAGCCUACAAGGUGAUCCUGGGCGUGCACACAGAGAGAGCCAACGAGGCGUCCAAGCAAGACAAGAACCUGGAGAAACUGGUCCUGGGACCCAACGGGGCCGACAUCGCUCUGCUCAAACUGCAGAGCCCUGCACUAAUAAAUGACAAAGUCCUGCCAGUUUGUCUGCCGACGAAGGAUUACGUCGUUCCCAGUGGAACCGAGUGUUACGUCACCGGAUGGGGUGAAACUCAAGAUUCCAUAUGA